CACACAUACGCUCCGUAUACUGAAGCCUAUCAGAACAAACUAUUCUUGUUUUCCAAGCGGUCACCAGCGUUAAUCUACCGGUAUGAAACAUUUCAUGUCCGCUUACACUUCAGCAAUCCAAACCUACAACACAUGUCUGCAACUGAUGUCACCAUUCUCCGGUUUACCAAACCUAGGAACUACUCUCCAGUAGUAAUCAGUAGUACAAGAGCAGGGUCAGUACAGAACAAAUAGUAACUUAUCAAUGCAGAUACAGAUUGUACCAAGCGUGCAACAUCAUGCCUUACGGAUUCUCCAAAUCUGCCCUUGGGGCUCUGGCCGAAAUGGUUCGAAAGAACCCGGAGUCUAUAGGAAGGCUUGUUUUCUACGAUUCAGUACUGUCCGUUACCGCCGUUGAAACUCAAGACCUCUGUUUCAAUGUGUAUAGAAAUAGGCAAGACCCCUAUACGGCGACUGGUGUUGUCCUGGCCAAGAGUCCGUCGAUAGGUGGUGUAACCCAAGAAACGUUCAAAGCACUUGGAGCCUACACCGGAGAGCAUUCGAUGACUGAAAAGAAGGUCAUGUUUAGGUUGGGACCCGACUUCGAUCCUGACAGUGUUGCACGAGCCAUCGAAAACGAAGAGAUUAAUAGUAAUGAGACAGUAAUUGAGGCGGUGGCGAAGUCAGCAGCAGCAGGGACAGAAGCAGGGACAGUAGCAGGGACAGCAUCAGGGGCGGAAGCCGGUAAAGCGGCUGGAGAAGCGGCUGGGACAGUCGCUGGAUUAAUAGCGGGCCAAGAAGUUGGAUCGGUAGGGUCUGGAGAGGCAGCCGGAGCAGCGGCUGGAAGAGCAGCUGGAAAAGUACUUGGGUCAAAAACCGGAGCAGAAGCCGGAAAGUGGGCUGGAAAGGUGGCUGGGGCAGCAGCUGGAAGUUACAAUCAAUGGACCUGGUGUGAAUGGGACAGGAAAUACUAUCGAACAAGAGAGGCAGGCGUUGGUGAAGAACUUGGGACAGAAGCUGGAGCUAUAGCUGGAGGAGAAGCCGGGGCAGCAGCUGGGGCAGUCGCUGGAGCGGUAGCUGGGUCAGUAGCUGGGGCAAUGGCUGGGGAAACAGCUGGAGCAACGGCUGGGGCAAAGGCAGCUAAGGUAACCGAGGAAGAAUCUAAAAGGAAGAAUCCAUGGAUUUGGAGUGACUCGUACGGGAGAUACUAUCUUGUAAGAGGCGAUGGAACGUGUAUCUGGGAGAACGGGGAGUGUGUGAGCGAGGAGCAUUUAUAUAGCGAGCAACAUCGCAAGUAUUAUCACGUUAAACCAGACGGGACCUACGUGUAGCAGUAGGCUGGUAUUUACCACUUCGCCAUGCUGUCUUGAG